AGGCCCAAAAUCCUUUUCCUAUUCAUGAGUAGUACAUGCCAUGUUGAGGAUUAUGUUCGGUCGCCAUUGUAGGGUUGUGUUGCCAUGGCGAAGCAAAGCGAAAGUUUGCACGCCUUCAUCAAUUCGAGGGCGUCCGUCUGCUUGAAUGAGGCCUCCGAGUAUCCAUUUGCGAACUGCUUGUUGGACGAUGAGGCAGAGUUGCGCAGCGACGCAGAUCAUCAGUUGCUUCUCACUCUGGAAUUUACAGAGCCCGUGAACUUGACAAGCUUGCGUCUUUGUGCAUCUGGUGAAGAGGCGCCUGGUUUGAUCAAGCUGUUUGUAAACUCUCAAAACCUUGGCUUUGAUGACGCCUCUUCUCAGAAGCCGGCGCAAAUUGUAACUUUCGAGAGGAGGGAAUCCCUCGAUUCAGUAGUCAAGUUGACGCCCGUCAAGUUCAACAACGUGCACUCGCUCACAGUGUUUGUAGAAGAGAAUGGAGGGGCAGACGAGUCUUCUGUGCGCUACUUGGAUGCGCAGGGAACGCGUGUGCGGGGAGGCGGCCGGCUUGAUGCACGACCAGCCGUCAGCGCAAAGCGGCAGAGAGCAUCGGCCAAUGGCGUGAUCGGAGAAGUUGCUGCAAGGCUCUGCGCCCAGAGCUCAGAUGACGGCGUUGCGCGAUGUCUGUUGGAAGCGGCAUCCUCUGCGGCGCCCAGCCAGGCCAGGGACAUCGUGCGCAAGGCCACCGAGGUGUUUCUCUUGGCGGCCAAGGACGCUGGCGAAAGGCGCCAGCGCGCGCUGCUGAUGCUCAGCGCGUGCCGGUGCCAGGUGUUGUGCCUCGACAGGGGGCAGAGACGAGAGCCGCUGCCUGCCAGACUUCGUGCAGCCAUGCGGUGUGGUGUGCAGGGCCUCAUGCUUGGGCUGGAAGGCGCUGUAGAUGCCGACUCUCUGAGGCAGCUGCUGAAGGGCCUGCUGACGAAGGACGGCAGGGGCGUCGGGGACCUCAUGGCACUGCUCUGUCGAGUCCUGCCUCCGAUCCGAGUGCCUGCGUGUGAUCGUGGGAACGCUGCUAACGAAAGUGAAGACUCGGAGUCUGAAGCUUCAGAAAUCGGAGAGGACGAGGCGGGCGAGCCUCUCGAUUCAAAUUCGAUUACUCAUGGCACUUGUAAUCCUGGGACCGUAAGUCCAGGUGUUGGACUUGAAAUCCCAGGCAGUCGCAAAUGCAGCGUUGCAUCGUUGGUAGAUGGAGGCGAUCAUGACUCUGUGUUUGGUGAAGACUGCCCUGUGGGACAAGAUGGCCAGUUUUGUCAGUUGCAGUCGCCAGUCAGCGAGUUUUUGAAGAGUAUUAGCAUCGAUGCAGAAGCUGUUGAACAUUGGCCAGUGCUGUAUCCUGGUCUCGGAAGUCACGGGUUGCAAUUUUCUUCGAAGUUCGAAGGAGGGAAUUUGCGACGAGUGAGACUUGAGGCCCCUGGAGUGGUCGAAAUCCUUUUGUGUGGCGACACGAAUCGCGCUUAUCAUUGCCAAGCUUUCUUCUUCGACGUGGUUGUCAGCGAGCUUAUGAGCUUGCGAAUGCACAUCGUAAGUCUUGUGAAGCCUGGAUCCACAUUCGGGCAAGGCCAGCGAGUUGUCACCCAGUCUCCUGGCGAGUCUUGUUGGCGAAGAGACGGAGAGGACUACGCCUACAUGCCGAACAGGUACAUCGUUGGAGACAGGCGUGGGAACUACACCCUGUCCUUUGCUCUGCAGCUGAAGCCUGGACGCACUCGAGUGGCCCAUUUCUAUCCCUACUUGUUCGGCGACUUACUCUGCGACUUGCGAAGACUACGCCCCAGCGGGGACUGGCUCAGCGUGCAGGAUCUGGGCCCUACCCCUGGCGGUCGCCCACUACUGAUGCUCACGAUCAACGAUUUUGAAGCAUGCUCCACUUCGGGCACUCACGACACGCGGCCAUACGUUAUCAUUUCAGCACGAGUGCAUCCGGGUGAGAGUCCAGCAUCCUUCAUAAUGCGCGGUGUUUUGAAGUUAUUGCUUUCUGACGCUGACGAGGCGUGUGCUUUGCGACGUCUUCUCAAGUUUGUGAUCAUGCCGAUGCUCAAUCCUGAUGGCGUUGCUGCUGGAAACGGUCGUGCUAAUUCUGCUGGGUAUGACUUGAACCGGUGUUGGUCAAAACCUCCAGUUGGUUCGGAAAUCGUGGCUGUGCGUCAGGUUGUUUCUGGCCUUUGCGCAUCGCAAAGUGGCGUUCUUGCAUUUCUCGACUUUCAUGCCCACUCACGCAGGCAUGGUGCUUUCACGCUCAGCAACCCCAAUAGUCAAACGUUGCCAGAUCUGCUCGCAGGCACAAGCGAUGGUACCUUUGAUCGGGCACAGUGUGUUUUCAGCUACGACAAGGGUAAGCGCGGAUCAGCUCGAUGCGCUGUAUGGAAAGAUCUGGGCGUUAAGCAUUCCCAUACGCUGGAAGCCAGUUAUGCAGCGGUGCGUGGCAAAGGCCGACUGAUCACACCUCACGACCUCGAUGAGUUGGGGCGUAAUUCUAUUCGAGCGUGUGCGUCAUUACUUUCAGAGUAUUGAAUAUCUUGCUUCUUGCACGUUGGCCAGGAGGACUUCUUUUGUGGGGCUGCGCAAGUGGGGCCAAGUGAUGCACAAGGAGGCUGACAUAGGCUGAUCGUUGUUUUUGUACUUCGAGGUGCAAGUUGCUGACGUGUGCAGCUUAGAGUUAGCUGUGCAACGCAGUCUCUAUCUGGCUCCCGUGGCACCAUCCUGGGCGAAUUGGAACGUUGCCCUGCUUUUGUGUUUGCGCUUGAAGACGUUGUUCAUGCUUUGGAGGAGUUUGUGAUAUGCCAACGCCGUGUCGUCACGACACGAACCCGUCAUGCCCAUGGUUUAGCGGGCGACGAGCGGUAUAGCAUGAACUUUUCCUUCGCCGGGGCAGCUUAUUUCAAAGAGCUCUCCGCCUGCCACGCGUCAGGCGUGCCAGCCGGUCGGGCGCACCUGACCCGCCCGGAGACGCUGUGGAGUGCAGCCCUGGCCUCUGCCGUCUCCGGCAGCCGUGUGUGGUCAGGGGCCGCCUACCGCCCGUCUGGGCCACAGAGGCGGCCCCCGCCGCCAAGCUUCCCGCCUCCUCCGCCGCUUCCCUCCUUACUGUCGCUCUGACUUUCACAGGGGGAGGCGGGAGGCUAGAUUCGGGGGAGCGUAAGACCCGGGUUUGCCAGGACUCGGGUUCGCCAUCGUUUUUUGACGACCGCGCCUCGGAUUUUGACGAGGAGGAGUUUCGUGGGAUGUCUGCAGCGGGAGGCCUCGUCAAAAUGCAGGCUCGG